ACGUCUGGGGUAAUUGUGUGUGCACUUUCUCGUGUGGAUGUAGGGGAAGUAACGUUUGGUCUUUUAAUAGUAGUAUAGAUAUAGAUAAGAGACAGUGGGUGAGAAAGGAUGGGUACAGCCUGGCCGAUCGUGUCCUCUUCUUGGGCUCGCCCAACAGCUUUGCCAUCGAUGCCUCCGUGCUUGUUGGCCAUGGAGGCUCGGUCUACUUCGUCUACACCAAUAGUAAGGCCGCGCCAUGUACGCAGUACGGUGUGUUCAGGUACAACCUCGUCGAUCAUGAAGUCAAGUUCAUUGAGCGGCUGCCUCAAGGAUGGGACUGCGAGAAGUGCACUUGGCUCAUCCCACAAACAAUCAUGGCUCCAGUUCAGGAAUUCAAUAGGAGCUCUCUGGAAGCUCAUGGCGUGAAGAGGCAAGAGACUACGGGUCCAACGCACGUUAUUCACGUCGGGAGAUGUUAUGAGCCUUGUUUCAAGGUGUUGGUGUACAACCUACCUCUCACCGUGAAAAGCUCUCAGCUGCGACUCUUGUUCAGCAACCAUGGUAAAGUGUUCAGCACCGAGGUGAUCUGCUACAAGAAGACCAAGCGCUCGCGAUGUAUCGGCCACGUAACUAUGUCAACAUCCCAUGCCCACCUAGAAUAUGCUCUAGAUGCUCUCAGUGGCCUAGUUUUGGAAGGUUGCAAUCUCCACAUUAGCUUGGUUAAGGAGGGGCGUCCACAGCAGCAGCGGAAGAAGCUACCCUCUUUCAUCGGAGCAGCGGUGCAGCUACAUAUAGGUCCAUUCUCCUGGUUCUGGUUAUAGUGAAUUUGAUUCUUUGGAAUGACCAAACGGGAGGUAGGAAAAUGAAACUUGGUUUUCUGCUUUGCAUGUUGGGAGUAAUAAAAACACGAGUUCAUGUUGUAUGUGUAGUGAUGGAUCAACAUAAAAUGUCUGGGCACUGAUGCACAAAAACAAUGCUCCUAUUAAUUAUUAUCUAUACUCAUGUAAGUA